GUACGAGUACGAGCAACACUGCGUAUGCGACACAUCAACAAAAAUCUUGUUGUUGCACAUCUCUAAUACAGGCACAGGGACUUGUUUUAUUACUGGGUUAGAUUAUUUAUUUUUUUGUCGAAUCUUUUUUCAAAAUUUUUCGUAACAUGGACGAGUCGGAGCUGCUGUUCAAUUUAUUCUAUUUCCUGCUGUGCAUGUGCGUCAUCUAUCCACCAGAGGAAUUUCAGCGACUCGGCUUCACAAUCGAACAGUUGUUCUCGCGAUUGCUGGGCGAAGAAUAUCUCGAUUUUGUUGGCUACCAUUUGCGACGCACCUCGUUGAAUCUGUUCGUGCACAGCUGCCUGCCUGUCACCUAUUUCCUCAUACAUCGCGUCAAGUUCUCUGUGUUUGCCACACAGGAGCCACUCGAGGAUAAUGAAUUGGAUCCAGAUUUUCCAAUGCCCCAAGAAGCCGUGGCCUUUAAAUCGCUCACCUGGAAAAUGGCACAACGCUUUAGCGUGUUGGCGGUGCUGGCUGUGCCGGCCUUAAUAUUUAAUUGGCAUCAGCAAAAUUGGCGACGACAUCCCAUUAACAAAACCCUGGCCAAAUACUCAAAUACGCCGGGCAGCUAUAGUGCCGUAGCCAGCGACAUUGGCAUCGAAUUCCGUCGCCAGGAUGUCUACAAGCGUAAACUGAACUCCAUCAGCACAGUGAUUGCCACAGAGAACUGGAUCAUCAAGACGACCAUGUACAAUGUUAAUUUUGCACAUCAGGCCAACACGGCGCUCAGCGUGGCCAAGGCGGAGACAUACAAUAUAUCACAGCACGACCAGAAUGAUACACUGCAAAUGAUUAGCAUUAUAGUGCGACCGAUGCGACAGCAUGUUGCCGAUUUUCAUAUACGCAUCAAUGCGCUGGAGUUUCGCAGUCUGGAGGAUCGUGUGAGGCGACCCAUAACCAUACCCUCAAAUAUACAAUUCCAUCGCAGUGUCAUUGAUCGUUUUGUGGAUGUGUUUAAGGCGCAGGUCGCACUAAAUCCCAUCUUCAGUUCAGAGCCGAUAACGGACAAGUGUUUUGCCUGCAUGCUCGCAGAGCCGAACAUAAAGAUUAAUAAACAAUGCGUCGAUGUGAAUCGUGCUGGAGCACCGCUAACGGAUGAGGCAUGCUGUUCGAAUUGCUAUUGUCGUCCCAUGUGGUGUGUGGAGUGUUUGGCGCGAUGGUUUGCCGCACGCCAAAGCGAUGUCGAUCGCGAAGUGUGGCUGGAACAGAAGUGCACCUGUCCCAUGUGUCGGGCCAAAUUCUGUGUGCUGGAUGUGAGCUAUAUUCGCGCACCGGCGGUGACACCAUCCAAUGAAGAUGCCCCAUCAUCAUCAUGAUGAGUUUCCCUCGAGUUGCAGUUUGAAUAAAAUCGAACCUUAUGCUUUAUUAAUAA